UCAUUCUGCAGACGUAUGAUGUGCAUUGCCACUUGCUCAGCUACAGACGACCUAUACUGGAAUCAUCAGCAAACUGCAAUAAAGAUUGUGUUUGGAAUUGAGGAAUGGACUCGUCUGUGGCUGCCAUUGGAGAUGUGCAAAAUGUGCUUUUGGCUAUGCAGAAGAACUUGGAGUGCCCAAUAUGUUUGGAGUUGAUAAAAGAGCCAGUCUCAACAAAAUGUGACCAUAUAUUCUGCAGAUUCUGUAUGUUUAAACUUCUCAGCAAAAAGAAAAAAGGCCCAGCUCAGUGUCCACUGUGUAAGACUGAGGUUACCAAAAGAAGUCUUCAGGAAAAUCCAAGAUUUAAGCAGCUAAUUGAAGGGCUACUGGAAACUAUCCAUGCUUUUGAACUUGACACUGGAAUCAAGUUUUUAAACAGUCAGGAUUUUUCUAAAAAACCUCUAGAAACCAAUUCUGCUGAGCUCCUGUGGAAGGAAGGUUCCAUUAUCCAAAGUAAGGGCUACAGAAACAGACAAAAAAGAAUUCAAGAACAAGAAAAUCCUACCUUGGAAGCUAAUGCUGGUGCCCAGGUUGCAGACAACAUGGUCAGGAGGAGUUCCCUCAGAAACAAAAGGCAGAAAUGUGAAUCUGGUAAAGCAGUGUACAUCGAAUUUGGAUCUGAUUCUUCUGAAGAUCUUUUUAAAAAAGCAGGUGGUGGUGGAAUGGGAGAUAAAGGAUUUCAGACUCCACCUCAAAAAGGAGAGUGUGAGGAAGAACUAAAGUAUGCUGAGAAGGAAAGUGAAAGUCCAUACAACAUGUGGCCUAUCAAGUCAGAUGCAGGAGAAAUACUCUCGUCAGAUAUCUUAGGUGAAUGUGGUGUCUCAGAGGAAGACAGCAAAGGCACUGGGAACGGCAUCGAAGACUUAGAGGCUGCUCAAGUGAAUGUGGCUGAGGGUCAUUUAAAGGAGAGCCAGGGCAUUUCUGCUUCAAACUCACAGGCAGAGCAGUGUGACAGAACAGCCAACUCCAGCUCUUUACUGAACGAGGACACAAGUUUAUUCCACAGUGCAGAAGAAAUGGAUGUUGGGGAAACUCCAUUCAGUAGUAAAAACAAAGAGUCUGGCUUAGCACACAGCUCAGAAAACCAAUUAGAUAAAAGCAAGAAGACCGGUAAUGGUGUCCAGCAUACAGAAGCUGUAGAAACAUGUCAACCUGAGAGUAACUCCCUGCAUGAAAGGGAACCUGCUUCGGAGAGUCUGUUGCAGCUCAAGACUCUUCACGGCAAUCCUUUGAGUCAAGUUUCUGGGAAAAGACUGAAGAGAAGCAUUCAAAAAGUCAACGAGUGGUUUUCUAAAAGCAAUGAGAUGCUCUCUUCUAGUUCCUCCCAGGAUGCUCCUGCUGGGGCAGCUGACACAGAAGAUGGAGAUUCAUAUUUAUCAGAUAGAGAGUCCUGUAUUUCAGAGAAGACUGACCUGAUGGUAAACUGCAUGGAAGUUGUGGUGGGAUGUGAAAAUGAUAGGAGUUUGUCAAAAUCAAUUGUGCAUAACAUUGAAGAUAAAAUAUUUGGGAAAACUUAUAAAAGAGAGAGGAAGUCAAACCCCCUAGUCCACCCGAGAGAGAUGCCACGGAGUCCAAAAGUGGAAGAUGUUACUACUGAUGUGAAACCCUCAAAUAAUUCCGGAACAAGUAAAUUAAAACGGAAAAGAAAGACUGCCUCUGAUCUGCAACCUGUGGACUUCAUCAAGAAGAGAGAUGAAAAGGAUCUAAAGAAGCACUCUGAGGGUGUUAAUCAGUGCCCUGUUAGUAGAAAUACUGAAAGGAAAAAAGGUGAAGGUUCCACUGUUGUUAAUGGGAGUCCCAUGGGUGUGAAAAAUGGGGACACUAUACCAGCAGAACUUCCCCUCCAAGAGGGGAAAUCCAUAUUGAAAAAUGAUACUGAGAAAGUAACUUGCAACAGCACUGAUGGAGAGCCAGCACAGAAUACCUGUGACCGAAAGAGUACUAAAAAAAUGAGAAGCUCACAAACAAAAAGAAGCAGACAUUCAAGUAGGCCCGUGUGUGCUCUGCAGCUUGUAGUGGAUAGAAACUCAAGUUGCCCUGAUCAGACUGAGCUGCAGAUUGAUAGUUACCCAAGCAGUGAAGAGCCAAGAAAAGUUGAUUCAGAAAAGAAACGCGUCAGACGCAGCAGGAGGCUUCAGUUACUGUCUGAAAAAAUGACAAAAGAAACCAGGAGAAGAGGUGAGCCAAAUGAGGGAGCAAGAAAGCAUGCCAGUGAAAGCAAAGAUUCCUCCUCUGGAUUACAGAGGAAUGUAUUGGUCCAUGUCCCUGAAUGCAAAGGCCCUGAUGAGCAGCAGGAUGUACUGAACCAUACCACACGUCUGUCAGACACUGAUCUGAAGGGCAAUGACUUGCAAGCAGAUAAAACACACCCUAAUCCUGAAAAUUGUUCUGACGGUAUGCAAACUGGAAAGGGCCUCUUGUAUGUCGAAAUAUCAGUGGAGGAUUUAAAUGCUUGUUCUGUUGUGCCUGAUACAGAUUCUCAAGUUAGCGAAAAUCAAGGCAGCCAUUCACUCCUGCAGCCUCAUUCCACAAAUGUGGAUCAAGCUGCCUGCCCAGUGCAGAAUUUGUCUGAGAAUAAUCAGUGUGCUGCCAUCGAGCCUAAAAAGAAAGAGUUGUGUGCGUGUUCACCCAAGACCAAUAGACAUUGCACAGAAAAUGACUUGGAAAGGUUCAGAAACCCAAAGUCAUAUGAAGCUAAAAUCAUUUCAGAGUUGAACACAGAAACUGAAGACAGUGAGCUAGAUACACAGUACCUCCGAAAUAUGUUCAGACAUUCAAAAAGACUGUCAUUUACCCUUCAUCCUAGUCCAGUGAAGGAAUCAGUGACAGAAAGCACUGCUUCUGAAACUCUAAGGAAAUCAGGCGCUAGCUGUGUAGAAUAUAGGCAUAACAAUAGAGACUUAAAAAAUGAACCUCCAUAUGUUAAAAAAACAGUGGGCCUGGAUGAGGUUUGCGAGAGAGAAGAGCCUAAAACGUGUGAAUCUGCUAAAGGUAUUUCUGGGCAUAGUCCAGGAACUCACUUUUCCAGGGACACCGACUAUGGACAUGUUAGUGACGAUGGCAAGACUAUUUCACAAAUUCCAGAUCAAGUGCAAUUACUCUCCCCACCAAGAGCAGCCACAGCCAAGAUUAAGAGUAGGGGCAGACUGCAAAAACGAAGACAACCAAAGGAAAAGAGAAUUUCACCUGAAACGGUGAUAGAAAGUCAAUUAAGUCAGAACCUAAACAAAAGUAAUGGAAGCCUAGGUGACCGGAGUAAUAGAGAAGAGCGAAUUUUCCAAAUAACUGAUUUAAGCACAAUUAAUGAAACAGGAAGCAAUCAAGGAGUAAAAGCUGAAGAAGCUGAAAACAAAGGGCCGGUAUUAAAUUUACAGCCCAAACCAGUGCUGGUAUAUCCUGUAGUUUGUCAACAAAGCCCUGCUGAAUUUAGCUGCAAAGUAAUUGAAAAGAACAGUUAUGAAGGGGAAUGCAAACAAGUAAAGAGUGAUGAAGAACAAGUAUCCCAAAUUGCCAGCGUAGGUGUGCCUGAGUGCUUAAUUUCAGAGGAGGCUCUGGAACAAUCCACUGAAGAUACUAGUGGUUUUCCAUUGCUGUCUGAGACCCCUGAUGGCUUAUUGUGCUCUGCUGGUGACGUUAAAGAGAACAUAAGCAUUUGUGAAAUCGAUAGGAAAGAAAUUUCUGCUGUAUUUGUUAAAAAAGGUCAGAAUGCCUCGUUAAGAGAACUGGACAGUGGCAGCAGUAGUUCGAAGUCUAGGUCUCAAAACUUUGUUCGGGAACCCAGAAGACCGGCCUGGAAAUUGCAGUCCUCCGAGGAGGAUUCUAGUGAAGAUGAAGAACUACCAUGCUUUCAGGCAUUAAUAUUUGGCAAAUCAGCAAGCACACCAUUGCAGCCUACAGAACAGAUCAUGUCUACGGUAGGGUCUUCAUCCCCGGCAGAGAUUCUAGCAUUGCUGAACAGUAGCAGUGGCAAUAAUAAAGCUGUACAGAAAACGCCUGGAGUCAUCUCGAGAGAUACAUGUGUUUCUCCAAGCCAAGAGUCAGAAUGCUCAGUUAACUUAUUUUCUUCCCAGUCCAACAUGUCAGAAGAUUCAACCAAUAGACCACAAGAGUUGAAGAAGCCCAUAACAUUUGCUCCUUGUUCCAAAGAAAUGAGCAGUUUCAAUGGAAGCAGAGAAGCUAGUCCAAAUGGUAAUGAAGAGCUGACAGGAAGAAAAACUGAUUUGGAAGAUGGACACCAACGAGACCAGAAUGUGCAACCAAAUUUAGGUGAAGCAUCCGGAUAUGACAGUGAAGCCAGUCACCCAGGAGAUUCUUCUGGGCUGUCCUCCCAGGGUGAGAUCCUUACCACACAGCAGAAGGAUGCCAUGCAAAACAACUUAAAAAAACUUCAACAGGAAAUGGCUGUGCUUGAGGCUGUGCUGGAAGAGCAUGGAAGCCAGGGCUUUGAAUUCCCACCCCCACCCUGUGAACUGCCUCAUACCAGAGUGGAAGAGAGACUCACAGUGGGACAGAUGAGACCAGCUAGAGGAACAGCAUUAAUUUCAGAAGUAAAUCUUGAAAAUCACAAAAUCAGCAGUUCAAAGGGACUUUCAUCUGAUGGGUUCCAUGUAAUGCCAAGUGAUCAUUCCAACAUAAACAAUAAAGAGCUAGAAGAAGAAGGUUCGAGGUCGCCUGCUUUACAGCUUUCCCAUCCUAAAUCCCAUCUAUUAAAAAAAGAAGCUCUGGAGCAAGGUCACUGGUGCCCGAGCCUUUGGAAAGCCAGAACUCACUCUCAGGAGGGAACAUUUCAGCGGGUUGGUGUGGCAGUGCUGUUGGAAGAAGAGGCAAUGAAACAAAGUAAUCAGUAUAGAAUUGAACCAGAAAAUGCAGCUGAGCAGGAAUUUGGAACAAAGAUAAACAGUGCAGCUGUUCCGUGUGAGAAUGUGAGGAGGACUCCAAACAGCUCUCCCUUGAAAUUUUCUGAAAGACUUACCCACUGUCAAACUGCAGAAUCAACUAAUAGUGUAGCCGUAUCGUGGAAUGUUGUUAAUGGGAAGAGUACUCAGGGAUGUAAGCAGGAGAGAAGGGCAUUUUCCUCUGCAUCUGCUCUGCACACUGGAGUUGUAAAAGAAAAUGCCAAAAGCCCAGUUGUGACCUGUGGAAGACAAAUGUCAAUUGUGGCAUCAGGUCUGAACCAGAGUGAGCUUUUACUGGUGCAGAAGUUUGCCAGGAAAACCCAGAGCACUUUAUCUAAUCAAAUUACUGAAGGAACAACCCAUGUCAUAAUGAAAACAGAUAUGGAGCUAGUGUGUGAGCGGACACUGAAGUACUUUCUGGGCAUUGCAGGAAGAAAAUGGGUAGUUAGCUAUGAAUGGAUUGUUCAGUCUUUUAAGGAAGGAAGGAUACUUGAUGAGUACGACUUUGAAGUGAGAGGAGACGUGAUCAAUGGGAGAAACCACCAAGGCCCUAAGAAAGCUAGACGAUCCCAGGCUGGAAAGCUCUUCAAAGACUUUGAGAUCUGUUGCUAUGGACCUUUCACCGAUAUGCGCACAGGUGAUCUAGAAUGGAUGGCGGAGCUUUGUGGCGCCUCAGUGGUGAAGCAGCCUCAUCUGUUCACCCACAAAGCUAACUCUACUGCUGUAAUAGUUGUACAGCCUGAUGCUUGGCUCGAAAACGCAGGGUACAGAGCAAUCCAACAGAAGUGUACUGCCGUGGUGACCCGAGAGUGGGUUUUAGACAGCGUUGCAUGCUAUGAGUGCCAGGAGUUUGAUACCUACCUUGUCUCCCAGUCAUGA